AUGGACCCUCUUUCUUACCCUCUCCCAACAUUUAAUGUUGAUUCUUCUAACUAUUCUGGCUACUACCCUAACACUGACUACUGGAACUGGGUCAACUAUUACUAUCAAAAUGGUUUCACCUAUGACCACCCGACGUCUUCUGGAUAUUCAUUCAUGACUGCACCGUCAACUUUUAUGAUGUCAACGCCAAGUACCUCCGUAGGAUCUGAUUCAACACUCCUCUCAAUGACACCUCCGAUGCCCACUUCUACUUUUGCAACACCAAGUACUUCAUCAGCUUCUUCUUCAACUGCCACUCCGUCCUCAAUGCUCUCAAUGACGCCUUCAUUUUAUUCUAUGUCAACUGGAACAUCGUCUACCACUCCCCAUCGUCCCCAGGGUUCUCACAAACAAUGUUCCCACUGCUUUGCAACGGAUACAUGUCAAUGGAGGAAUGUUCGAUCGGAGAAUGGAGUUUUGUGCAAUGCUUGUUUUAUAUACCAGAGAAAGUAUAAGAAGACUCGACCAGUUACCGCAAUGGAGAAAUACAAAAGUAAAAAAGCUCAUCGACAGAGUAAUUCUGACUAA